AUGACAUCCUCAAAAUCCAGGGCAACGCUAUUCAGCUUGGCCAUUAUCAAUGGCUUUGGUUUAAUAAGUGCUGGCUGUGUGCCACGAGAGCAGUCCCAAUUCAAUUGGGAUGAUAUAGAAUAUUUGAUUGCCUUUGGAGACUCUUAUACCUUUGUCCAGGGCACAUAUGGCUACCCAAACUUCAGCUUCAUUGGGGAUUAUCUACCAGGCGACCUGGCCUUCACUCCCGAAGAGCUACUCAGUGACAAGAUUGUGCAGAAUUUUACGGGCACAGCAGAAGGUGGACCGAAUUGGGUCGAAUAUUUGACAGGAUGCGCAAUCGAGCCCGGCGAACACUUUCCGUCAGAUUGUGACAUUCAACUGUGGGACUUUGCCUAUGCCGGAGCCGAUAUUUCCGAGGAGUUCCUACCGGUACACCACAAUGAAACGACGCCGUUUGUCAAUCAGACUGCGCAGUUUCUGACCUGGGGAGAACCCGUUCUGGGGCCUCUCAUCGCGGAUAAGCGAGCCCAAGUAUUGGUUGCCGUGUGGAUCGGCAUCAACGACAUCAACGACUCGCAGACCAAGAAGCCAGAGAAUGUGACUUUUGAGGACUUUUGGCAGGCCGAGAUCGACGCCGUCUUUGAGCAGUCUAUACAGCCGCUGUUUGACGCUGGAUACCGCAACUUUCUCUUUGUCAAUCUGCCGCCUCUGGACCGCACGGCAGCGAAUCAGGUCCGAGAGACUCCGGUCCCGAGCAAGGCGCAAGUUGAUCUGUGGGACGGCAUCUUGGCCAACAGGACGGUCGAGUUUUCCGAAAGUCACCAUGCAGCCAAGGCCAUGGUCUACGAUGCCAACACCUUUCUGAAUGGCGUACUGGAUGACCCUGCCCCCUGGGGUAUCACAAACUUGACCUAUUGCUCUGCAUACAUGCAAUUGGAGGUUCUAACGGAUCCUGGAAAAUUCGGAUGCUUACCACUGGAAGAGUAUUUCUGGUAUAAUUCUGGUCACAUGGCAUCUCACACGCAUGAGAUCAUGACACAAGACUUGUUGGGAUUCCUAGAGUCGCAGUCGGAUGUUUAA